GCGGUGCGGUUUUUUCUAUAACGCCGCUUUCUUCAUCUCCGUCACUCACAUAGAAGAUCAUACAAUCUCGCGAUAGGGGGCAAUGGCGAGCGACGAAGAGAGAGCUCUAGAGCACCAGCUGGAGGUUCAAUUGCACGAGCAGAAAGAGUCUCUCGCCGCCUUACAAGAUGCCCUAGCCUCCGACGCCUCCAAUCCGGAGCUUCUGGAGGUUCACGAGGAGCUUGUCCAAGCAAUUAAAGAUGCUGAGGAAGGGCUGCUUCACCUUAAGCGUUCUAGGUUAUUACGAGAAGCAGAUUCCGUGUUACGUGGUCAUGAUAGUAACCCAGCGGAGGAUGUUAAAGCGGAGCCUCUUUAUGCUACGGAUGUCGAACCUGAACCUCUUGAGGAUCAUAGUUUUGUUGUUGGAUCGAAAUGUAGAUUUCGGUACACUGAUGGACGUUGGUAUGACGGUGAAAUUGUUGGAUUGGAUGGUUCUAAUUCUGCGAAAAUCUCCUUUCUCACUCCCACAACUGAAAAUAUGUUGAUGUGCAAGUUCUUCUUACAGCAAAGAUGUCGGUUUGGCACUAACUGCCGUUUAUCACAUGGAGUUGAUAUCCCUUUAACCUCUCUUAGGAGUUACGUGCCAACAAUUUGGAACCAGUCAAUGGCAGGAUCCAGUAUUUGGGCUCUCUCAUCUAGGAAUGACAUUUGGAGGCAUGCUGAACUUGAAUCUUGGGAUGAUGCACUUCAAGUUGCACAAGUUGUUUUCAAAGGUGAUGGAUCUUCUCAAAAGCUUGGGCCGGAGGACAUAGCUUUAUCUGAGUAUGCUCAAAUUAAUGAUGAAGAGGAAAGUGAUUCCAGCUUGGAACAGUCCGACUCAAGUGAUUAUGAAGAGGAUGAUUUGCAGGGUUUGGGAUUUCUCGAAAGCUCUAUCCAGCAGAAGGGCAUCCAGACGGAGACCGCCAUAUUUGCUAAAUGGGAGAACCAUACACGGGGGAUUGCUUCCAAGAUGAUGGCUAAUAUGGGGUAUCGUGAAGGAAUGGGUUUGGGUGCAUCUGGGCAGGGGAUGCUAAAUCCUAUUCCGGUCAAAGUUCUUCCAGCAAAGCAAUCCCUGGAUCAUGCUCUAGAGUCGCAAAAGGAGAAUAAUAGUAAUGACGAAAAUAAUGGUAAGAAACGAAGUAGAGGCGGUAAGAGGAAACGCGAGAAGAAGUUUGCUGCAGCGUCACGUGCAGCUAAAGAGGAAGAAGAGUCGAGACCUGAUGUCUUUAAUCUAAUCAACCACCACCUUGCAAUGCAUAAUAGAGCAUUGAAUGAUGGAUCCGUGAAGAAACAGAAAGAUAAAGGUUCAGCAGAUGGGAAGAAAGUGGAUAGACGAACCAUAAUUGCGUAUGAUGACGAGGUGAAAGACCUGCGAGUACGAAUAGAGAAGCUUGAAGAAAUGGUGAAUAGAAAUAAGAAAGAGAAGGUUGUUUACGAGGCUGCCUUAAGAAAGCUGAAUGAGACCCGGAAAGCUUUGGCCGAAGCUGAGGCGGCUCAUGCGUCUGCAUCAAAUGCAGUUACCAGUAGAGAAAAGGAAAAAAGAUGGUUGAAGUUUUAGGAUCCAAGUCGUGAUAUUGUAUAAUGAUAGCUCCACCUGUAGAAGUUUUAUUUCAUUCUUCUGUAACCGAACAAGGCGAAUCGUUUUACUUGUAUUCCGUGAUGGCUGGCAAUUGGUGUAUUUUCAUCUAGGGAUCAAACUAUAAGAUUAUUUAACCUCCCACCCCCAUCUAAUAUGAUUUUGUGGAAAUAUCAUAAUGUUAUUUGGAUUGUAUUUUGGCAGAUAUAAUCCAUUGAAUGGAGUCAUAUAAACAGGAACAACAACUUAUUUAUUUC